AUUGUCUGUGGUGUUCUCAAGGGCGUUUUCAUGAACCUGAGAAUUCAGCAAGAAUCACAGGUCGGGAAGACACCCACGACAACCUGGCUGAUGAUUAUCGUGGCCUUUGAGAACAAACCAUUAGAGUGAGCAGAGCCUUGGAAAAACACACACACACACACACACACACACACACACACACACACACAGGUACCGUGCAAACAAAACUGUGGGCAGAACUCAGUGAGCAGUGACCAACCAGACAUACCCGCUUCCCCCAGUAGGAGCAUCUAGUGAGAUCUGACAACUGUUAUCCUGCCGCGGUGUGUGUGACGGUGUGAUUGUGAGUGAGUGUGAGUCAGUCAGUCCGGCUGAGGGAGCAUCACUGGCUGAGGAAAGAGAAGCAGGGUCAGAUGAUAGAAACAAUGUGUUCAUACACCGUGAAACCUAGACACUGAUAUCUCUUCCACUACUGCGUUCUCCUCGCUCAUGUAAGAGAAUGAUUCGCUUCAAGUCUCGCGUGUUGGGCGUGAUGGUGGUGAGCGUCGCGGCCACCACGCUUCUGUUGCUCCUCUUCGGCUCCACGCUAAGGCUGCCCCCUGCACCAGCCAACAUGAGCUUCCUACGAGUGCCCCUCAGAGCUCUCAAUGACUUUCAGCAACAACAACAACGGCAACAGCAGCAGCAGCAACAUCCCAACGCCUUCUCCUCUUCUGCCAACGCUCAGGAGAGCUGUACUAGUGGCGGCGCACAGCGGGUAGAGGGACUGCCACCUCUGUACAUCAUCACGCCAACCUACCCGAGAGCGGAGCAGAUACCGGAGAUCACCAGAACGGCUCAGACACUGUUAAAUGUGGCUAACGUGGUGUGGCUAGUCAGUGAGGACGCUCCAGCACCCACGCCUGCUCUCACGUCUUACCUCAACGAGUCUUCCCUCAACACAGUCUAUCUAAGAGCCCAAAUGCCCGCCAAAUACAUGAAGGCGAAGAACAAACCUAGAGGAGUAGCGAACAGGCUGGCUGGGCUGAAUUGGGUCAGAGCGAAUGCAAAGGAAGGCGUGCUGUACUUCGCUGAUGACGAUAACACCUACGACCUCCGCAUCUUUGAGCAGAUGCGGUGGACCAAGAAAGUGUCAAUGUUCCCUGUGGGUCUCGUCACAAAGCUGGGCGUGUCCACUCCUAUAGUUAGACUCGGCAAGGUUGUUGGAUUCUACGACGGCUGGAUCGCUAAUAGGAAGUUCCCAGUGGACAUGGCGGGCUUCGCAGUGUCGGUGCCCUUCCUGCUGACUCGCCCUAACGCCACAAUGCCUUUCACUGUAGGCUACGAAGAGGACGGCUUUAUCAAGAGUCUCGGUAUUACAUCAGCUGAUAUCGAACCUCUUGCUUUCAACUGUACCAAAAUCUGGGUUUGGCACACGCAAACCAAAAAGAACACCGCGGCAGUCCCCAUAGCGCAGAACAACAUCACUAUGGGCACUAAUCUGGACGUGAUCAAGGGCUUGUUGUGGAAGGACCCGAAGGGCACCGCCACAACCACCACGAAGAAGAAGGAGACCAAGAAGAAGAAAAGCUGAGAAUGAAUGAAUGAUGGCGAGGAGAAGAUGGAGAUGCAAGAAACUUAAAAGUUAGAAGAUAAAAUAAGAGCAAGGAGAGAUAGAUAGGUCGUUAGACUAAUAGAGAUAGAUAGGUUGUUAGACAGAUAGAUAUAGAUAGAUAGAGGAAUUGAUAGUGAUGGAAGGGUCGAGAGAAGAAAUAGUAUUGUGAUCUUGUGAUAACGAACCACACACACACACACACACACAUACACACACACACACACACACACACACACACAUACACACACACAUACACACACACACACACACUUCUUACAUAUAUAAAUGUUCAUCCUGUACAUAAUUAUCAAAUCUCAAACACUUGUUACGAAUUCUUGUUGUUGUUGUUUUUAUUUUUCCUUGUCAGAAACGUACAUAAAGCCAAUACCACGCCUCGCAAGAGUGCAAGAUCAUGUAUAGUGACGGGUAUAUUGAAGUUACGGUGACUUUUUUCUCCGUUCCGUGGAGCGGUGGGCAAGUGGCGCCAUGCUGAAGUAGCGGGCAUGGUUCUUAAUAAUUAAGCCUUGUCGCUCUGUAAAAAAAAACUGUGUAUGAUAUUCUUUAUGUAUUAUUAUUAUUGUUGUUAUUGUUUUUAUUAUUAUUAUUAUUAUUAUUAUUAUUAUUAUUAUUACUAUUAUUAUUAUUAUUAUUAUUAAAGUAUUGCUAUGAUGAUAAUGUAUUAAACGAGAAUCUCUC